AAUACGGUGUAAAAUCUGUAUUUAUAUAUUUAAGAAGAAAUAUAAUUGCUACUUUCGACCCCUGGUGCUGGUGUAUUUGAAUGACAUGCAGUGUGAGAACCAGCCCUCGAUGCAUAGGAAACAGCAUCCUCUUCUGUUUACAAAAAGUGUCACAGUAUCUAAGCAUAUCUCUUACUAAAUAUUUAUUCUAUAAUUACGAGUAAUAAAAAACUGAAACAGAGAUGGAACAGAUAUAAUAGUAAAGUCCACACACUACGUUCAGCGUAUUAUGUUAAAAGACUAGUUGAAAAUGUCCUAUUGUUGCCUUCAGUGAUUGGCUCUUUGUAUAAGUGGGCGGGACAAAAACAACGGCAACAACCAAUCCUUUGUGAGCUCACCGUCAAACAGUAAAAAAGCUGACUUGUUUUGAUCUGUCAAAAAAUCAGGCAACAGCGCUCGUCAUUCCUCUGAGGAAAUGAUAGCGACAUUUUGACCAAAUUGUCAGGGUAAAUUGGUUGGUUUCCGACACCACGGUUUCAUCGUGCGCUCUGUUCGUUAGCGUCAAGUGUCUAUCUUGUUGUUUGGUAGUGCUUUACAUUAGCUAACCAGCUAACCAGCUGAUAGCUAACUAGCGGCUAUUCACCUUGUAAACUUGUAAAAGAAAAAGUUAACAUUAGCUGACAGCCUACUGGCGGCUCGCACUCGGCCGACGGAAGUGCGCGCGUGUGUGAGUGUAACGAUGUUACCUUCCGAUAUUUCUAAAAUACCCCAUAGUUAAACACGCUGUAAAUCGCGUGUAUAACUCGUGAGGUUCACCGCUGACUUUAAGCCGCUGGCUGCUCUGCCGUGUCUCUGCAUACCGGGGGGGGGGGGGGGCAGUUAGCGGCGGCUUAAAUUCACCACAGCUCUCGGGGAUAUAAACGGUUCGAGUCGCAAGUUUUGGCACACGACAGAUAUAUGAAGCCCCAUGUCUGAGGAAAGAGAGCCGCGUCCGACGGGAGGACCCCCUGACUCGCCAGGCCGUCCCCGUCGAGAGACCUACACAAGUUCGACCCACCUCCGCAGCCUGCGGGACGGCCUGCUGGCCCUCAGGCAGAGCGGCAUCCUGUUCGAUGUGGUGCUGCUGGUGGAGGGUCGACCCAUCCACGCCCACCGUAUCCUCCUGGCAGCCUCCUGCGAUUACUUUAGGGGCAUGUUUGCUGGAGGCCUUCGAGAGACACAGCAGAAAGAGAUCCAGAUUCAUGGAGUGUCUUACGUUGCCAUGACAAAAAUAAUUGACUACAUCUACACUUCAGAGAUUGAGUUGGACUUGGAGUGUGUGCAGGAAGUCCUCAACGCUGCCACGUUAUUACAGCUCGAGAUUGUUAUCAGCUUUUGCUGUGAUUUCCUUUCCGACUGGCUCGACGAGAGCAACAUUCUAGAGGUCCAUAAUUUAGCAGAUCUCUACGGACUGCACGACCUCAAUGCCAUGGUCCACUCCUACAUCCUCAACAAAAUUCCGACUUUGUCUUGCACUGAUGUGUACCGACAACUCCCCCCGGACGUCGUGUUCAGCGCGCUGAGCAGCGAGCGGCUCCAGGUGAAGAGCGAGAAUGAGGUGUACGAGGCGGCUCUUCACUACCACUACAGUCCUGAGCAGGUGGAAACUGACCAGGUGUACUUGCAGGUCAGUGCCAAGGACAAUCUCAAGAUGCUCGAUGCGGUGCGAUUCUGCCUGAUGGACAAACAAGUGUUGCAGAGGCUGAAUGGCAGACUGAGCCAGUGUCCACUUAAGGACUCGGUCUCGGCCGCCCUGCGGUACCAUGAGCAGGAGAUCUGGCAGCCCGUCCUGCAAAGUCCUCUCACGCAGCCAAGGUCCAACUUCCGAUACAUAUUGGGCUUCGGGGGGAUGUUUACCUCACAUUCCCUCACAGCCGCCAAGCAUUUGAUUCAGGUGUUCCACCCUAGCUGGGGGCAGUGGAGGACGCUCAACGCGGCCAACACCCCCCGGAUGUCCAACCAGGGUAUAGCUGUGCUCAACGAUUUUGUUUACCUAAUUGGAGGAGACAAGAACAACAGUGGGUUUCGUGCAGAGACGUGCUGCUGGAGAUACGACCCUCGUCACAACAGCUGGUGCUCCAUCCAGCCCCUUCAGCAGCAGCGCGCUGACCACUGCGUUUGUGUCAUGGGCGGACAUAUUUAUGCCAUCGGAGGACGGGACUACAGCAAUGAACUGGAGUCGGUGGAGCGCUACGACCCGCACACCAACAUGUGGGAGUUUGUGUCCCCUCUGAAGAGAGAGGUUCACGCCCACGCUGGAGCAGUGUUGGGUGGGAAAAUGUACAUAACAUGCGGCCGCAGAGGAACGGCGUACCUCAAGGAGACCUACUGCUUCGACCCCGUGGACAAUCACUGGGCAGCUUGUUCCGAGGGCCCGGUGGAGCGAGCUUGGCACGGCACGGCUGCUGUUAACGGAUGCCUCUAUGUUAUUGGUGGAAGCAAUGACGAGCGUGGAUAUCGCCGCGACGUCCUCAAGGUGGCAUGCUUUAGCCCUGAAGCCGACUCUUGGUCUUUACUGGCCCCCCUUCCUGCUGGACACGGAGAGCCCGGCAUGGCUGUGCUGGACGGUAGCAUCUACGUCCUGGGAGGACGCUCUCACAACAAAGACAACAGGAUGAAAUACGUUCACGUGUACAACACCGACGCAGACGAGUGGGAGACCGAGGCGGAGUUCAAGGAGCGCGUCUCCGGCCUUGCAGCCUGUGUGGUGCCCAUGCCCCACGCUGUGAUCGCCCAGGCCCGCUGCGAGGAGCCCACCAAGGCCUCGUGGGAAGCGUUGGACAUGGACAGCUCGGAAGACUCGAGUGAGGAUUGAAGCAGCCGCGUUGAACUCGCUGUCGCCGAGGUCGCGCACUCUUCCUACGCAGCCUGUUGGAGCAGCUGCGGGAUAUUAUUUGGGCAGCGCCGUGUCCUCUCUGCACCUUGAUCACUUUGAGUGCCUCCAAGAACCGAAGCGUCGUCGUCCAGGAACGCUGGACGCUUUUUUUUUUUGUUUUGUUACUGAUCACAAACUCUUCCUAGAUAAUCUUAACACUGCACAGGAAGAGCUGCUGAAAUGCUUGCGUUGGUUGCGGAUCCCUUGUUGCCAGAUGUCAGUGUGGCUGUGUCUGCGCUCUCCAUCAUAGAGUGAGCCUCUAUAAGACUGCUGGCUAAGACACAGCACUCUGUGACCUGAGGUUGACAGGAUGUUCUUAAAAGUUCCAAUGAUGUUUUAACAUUGUGCCUUGUUUUUGUGGUUACAUCCUAAACUUGUCCUGAGAAGUAUGUUUUAUGUCGUGUUUCAGUGUAUUCUGCAGAGGGAAAUGAUAUUUUACCUGAAUGAAGAGGUGUUGGUGCCCUCAUCAGCUCAAAAUAAGUUGCCGUGUCUGUAUUUGGUUUAUAAAUUUCAAGUCUGGAUUUUUUUGGGAAGAACCCCAAAUCAUUGUCAAAUUUGUUGUGUCCUUUCAUUGAAGUUUCCAUCCUGCAUUUAUCAUUUAAUUAUAGACUUCAAAGAUGCCAACGAGGAGAGGUUUUUAAUAUCCCUCAAGUAGAGGUUUCUCCUUUCUUCAGCUGAAUGUCUCAAUUCAUAAAGUGUUUUGUCUG